AUGGAUUACAUCCCUGGAGAUGUGGAGAUUGGCUUCUUUCUCCCCCUAUCCUUACCUGAAGUGAGCAACACAACAGGAGCAGCGCAAUUUCAGAGUCCUCCUUACAAGGCUUGUAGAGCUUAUAGAACUAUUGAAAACAAUUACCAGCAACUCUUCAUGCCUUCCUUCACUCUGCAUGAGAUUCGCAAGAAUCCCAAACUGUUGCCCAACAUUUCCCUGGGAUACCAUAUGUAUUACUCCUAUUCCAUGGAAGAAAGGACCUUGGAGAGCUACCUGUGGUGGCUGUCUGGAACAGACCAGAUCAUCCCUAAUUAUAACUGCAGAGAGAGAGGAAAGGUUGUGGCUGUCAUUGGAGGAGCCACGUCAGCUCUCUCUGUUCAGAUGGGGACCCUGUUUGACCUCUACCAUUUACCCCAGCUUCACUCCUACCUGAAGAAUAUCCAGUUUGAGAAUAUUGUUGGUGAGCAAGUGUUUGUGGAUGAGAACAGACGCACAGAGGCUCACUAUGUCCCCUCUGCCGUAUGUAGUGCCAGUUGUCCUGCUGGAUUCAGGAAGUUGCCUAUGGAGGGGAAGCCUCCUUGUUGCUUUAGUUGCUCCCCAUGCUCAGAAGGAGAAAUCUCCAAUUAUAUAGAUGCUGAGCAGUGUAAGAAGUGCCCAGAGGAUGAGUAUCCCAAUGAGCAGAGAGAUCACUGCCUCCCCAAGACUGUGACCUUCCUGGAUAUGAAUGAACCCUGGGGGACGGCAGUGACAGUUGUAGCUGUUUCACUCUCAUUGCUCACGGCCCUGGUUCUGUGGGUCUUUGUGAAGUUCCAAGACACUCCCAUAGUCCAAGCCAAUAACAGGAACCUCAGCUACCUGCUCCUCACCUCCCUUUCCUCCUGCUUCCUCUGCUCCUUGCUCUUCGUGGGCCGUCCUACCACUGCUUCCUGCCUUCUCCGACAAACAGUCUUUGCAGUUGUGUUCACGGUGGCUGUUUCCUGCAUUUUGGCCAAAACCAUCAUAGUGGUCCUGGCUUUCAGGGUGACAGGGCCAGGGAGCAGGAUGCGGAUGUUCCUUCAUCCCAGAGUGCCCUACUGUGUGGUUCUCAUCUGCUCCGGAAUCCAAGGGCUUUUCUGUACCAUCUGGUUGGGGACCCAUCCCCCCUUUCCAGAGGCAGACACAAGCUCUGAAUCCAGGCACAUCAUCCUCACAUGUAACGAGGGCUCCGCCUUUGCAUUUUACUGUGUCCUGGGCUACAUGGGCUUUCUGGCCCUGGGCAGCUUCACCAUAGCCUUCCUGGCCAGGAACCUGCCCGAUGCCUUCAACGAAGCCAAGUACAUCACAUUCAGCAUGCUGGUGUUUUGCAGCGUCUGGGUCUCUUUCCUCCCCACGUAUCAGAGCUCCAAAGGGAAAACUGUGAUGAUCGUGGAGAUCUUCUCCAUCUUGGCCUCCAGUGCCGGGUUACUGGGCUGCAUUUUUAUUCCCAAAUGUUUUGCAAUUCUCCUGAUAUUGUGGGAAAAUAGCACAAAACAGAACAAGAAUCAAAGGAGUUCCAGGAGCAAGAAUUCUUCUUUUUUUAAUGUGAUAUCUUUAUUUUCCCCUUUCCAUUUAAAACAAUAUUUUAAAAAAGGUUUGCCUUCCACAUAAUCUCCUUCUUCCCCAUCCCCAGAACCACUGAGAUACCACAUGUGUAGUUACACAAAAUAUUUAUAGAAAUGCCGUGUUUAGAAAUAUACAUGCAUCAUU